AUGAGAGUGACACGCACAGCCAAAGAGAAAUACAUCCUGCGAGUCACGGCGGGGCCGAGCUAUGACGAGAGCACGCAGGUCGAGGUCCCGGUGAACGAGGCCGCGCCGGUGCGCAUCAAGAGCGACCUUGCCGACAUCGAGCUCAAUGUGCGGAUACAGGACUACAAGGGGCUGCCGCGUGGCUCGCCGUCGACAUCGCCCUACUUUUCCACAGAGCCUCAUGCGAGCAACCAGGACCAGUACAGCAUCUCCUUCCGCUUCACGCCCCUCAAACCGGCUAGGUCAGAGAACGGAGAUGAUGCAGACGGCGCCGCCGCCUCGGGGAUCAGAGCGGCAGACUUGCAGUUCGGCAACGACUUUGAUCGGCCUAUCCGAGACAAGCUGCCGCCGGGCUUCAACUAUGCGAUGAACAUUGUCAAGUGGUGGAUCGAUCCCGGCCUCGAGGGCGAUGCCUACGCGGACAAGCCCUAUCUCUACGGCCCUGCGCUGAGUUCGUUCAACGUCGUAUCUGCCGGCCCUGGAGAGUUUGACGAGUCGAAGGGCGGCCUGUGGUUCGAGGAGGGAGGAAACGAUAGGGGCAAGAAGGUGCGCGAGAUGAACGGCGUGCCCAAGGAGAGCAAGCCGAGGAUGAAGUGGGCCUUGUCGGACGCGAACAAGGAGAAAUGGAUCUGGGAGUACGGCCAGACGUACGGCAUCGACUUCUUCAACCCGUACCUCGACUUUGCCAACAUGGCGUUGCGGUUGCCGGGGUUUCAGCUUUCGGUUGCAAAGUAUCUCGGUGCAGAGGCGUUGAGGAAUGACGGGCGGCUUGCACAUCAGCUGAGGUAUGUUCUUCGGAACAAGGCCACUGGGGAUGUAUAUCUGGUGAUUACCUUUGCGCUGUAUCUUGAAGAGUGCAUCAAUGAAGAUGGGACUGUGAAGACUGUAAAGGGAGCAAAUGGUACCACCAAUGGUCAUACCAACGGUCACACAAAUGGUCAUACUGACGGCCAUACUAACGGUCACGCCAAUGGUACGACGAAUGGGGGAUCCGAGGGCGCUCGUGGAGGCGGCGCCUCGCCAAAUGGCAGCGGAAGGGGAAGCCCAAACAAGGACGAUGUGGAUUAG